UAAUCCAGUGUUUUCUCGGGUCUUUGUGAACAAAUGUACGUCGUGUAAACGACGUGUUUGCUUUUUGUAAAACAACCAAACACUUUGUGACACAUGGCGGCUUCUCGAAAGAAAUAACAAAUAGUUUAGAGUUCGGCAGCGGCUGAAUAGCAGAACCUGCUGUUCGGAGUUAUCAUGCCAGACUGCUUCUGUCUGUGUGCGGUCCUACUGGGUCUCCUCAUUUUAACAUUAGCAGGUUGUAUAUUUUAUUCAGGAGUUUUAGCGGAUAUCACUGUGAAAACUUGCUGCCCUGCCUUUAAUAAGCUAACUUUCGCCUAUAAAUUCAAAGAAGGCGCAUAUAAAGACAGCGGGGAACUUUUAAAGGAGGCUCGCUGUAUUGGACUUGGACUCCCAUGUCUUGGAGUGUUUUAUGAAGACCCUACAAAGAUAUGUACUCCACUUUGCCGCUAUGCGGUUGGCUGUAUUCUGAGCGAGGGAGAAAACAAAGUUGAUGAGGAACUUCUGAAACAAUGCAAGUCAUCAGGGUUUAGUGUCUUCUCCUUCCCCCAAGUCACCCACGUGAUUUCUACCUCAUUCCGUCACACAGCGCUUUUUUCUACGUACCUCAGAGUGAGAAGAGUCUAUCCACAGCUUGAGCGCUACAUCAAGGAACGAAGGCUCUGCGCUCACCCUUUCCUCGAGCUCUACAGAGAUGGUGAGAUCCAGUUCAUCGUCCCCCUGGCUCGGCAGGGGGAUUUUUAUGUUCCGGAGGUACGACAGGCAGAGAGGAGGCUGUCAGAACAAGAGGAAUUUCACAGUGAUACUGACAUCUCAGGUGCAGACUCCAACAGCGAAUACAGUUCUGGGAGCGGCAUUCUGCUGUCAGACAGCAGAGAGACGUCAUCGGUGGCGUCCUCCGUCCGCUCUGUGGCCGUCCGAGAUCAAGGGAGUGGAGACAACAAAGGGAGAAGCUCCGGGGGACCCCGGUUUAAAGAACCGAAGUGGGAGUGGAGCGGAGGAGUUCAGAAAGGGAGAGGACGACAUGGAGAGCCCAAAGAGGAAAGCCUGGAGGUCUCCACGGAGAGGUUGUGGGGCGUCGUUGGAGAGGAGGAGUAAAGAUUCAGUGAACUCUAUAAGCCAAGGAAGAAAAGAAAUGGCUGCUACGCUUUAGCUUGUUUUAAAAUAACAACCAAAAACACCAACAGUGUUUAAAGAGUUUUAAUGAAGAAGAUCUAUAUUUACACAAGUUUUCACUGGGUGUAAUGCAUUUUUAUUACUGAUGAGUGUUUCAGUUGUGCCUCAGAUUAAAAGACAACUGGUGCUAGACUCUGCAGAGGCAUUUUCAGGAAAGUACUGCAUAAAGUUUCAACAAAGCAACAGGGAUCCAAAGCUUUUGGGACUUUGUUUGUUUCCUUCAGUAUCAUUUUGAACAGGCUGUUCUUGUUUCAAAAGCAUCGUUUUUGGUUGUGCUCAUUUCAUAAUUGUUGUUAAAAAGAAAAUGUAAAUAUCUGAAUAUUUUUUCUCCCUUUUUAACGUGCAAAAUUAUUUGAUAUGUUUUGAGAAUAUUACAAUUUUUACUUGAAAAAAGCAGAUACCUAAGGUUUAUGAAAGAUUUUUGCUCUGCAUUAAAAUGAGCAUUUUACUUGAACAUCCACUUUCAGUGUUUUGUCUUGACCACAUUUCCUCCUUUUAGAACGCCGUGAUCGCUGGACAAUCCCACAGAAUCUGUACUUUGAAUUUGUUCGGAUGGAUUAAGACAAUUCCAUUCUGCCAUUUUAUGAUCUCACACAUGUGGUAAAAUGACAACAUUUUACUUCUGAUGUUGUCAAUGAACCUUUUCGAUUUUGACAAAGCUGUAACAAAGGUUUUUUUUUUUUUUUACUUUCCCUCAAACUAUUUUGUCAUCCACACAUUUGUUUAAUGUUUGUUGAAAAGUUUUUACUUCAGAUAGUGUGUGAUUAUUAUUUCUGUUCAGUCAAUAAAUCAAGUUUAUUUGUGCAUCACAUUUGAGCAACAAGGCAGUUCAACGUGCUGAACAUCAUAAAAACACAAAAAAGUCAUAAAAACAACAUGCGGUCGACAGUUGAGAAACCAGUGACAAACAUAACAAUUUGACGAAUGCCAUCAUCAAAAUCAUCAAUAUAUUGGUUAAUGUUCCACUUAAACAGGCACUCAGUGUUUCAGCUGUUUUGCAGGUUUCUGGAAGUUUGUUCCAAAUUUGUAGUGCAUAGAAGCUGAAUGGUGCUUCUCCUCGUUUGGUUCUGAUUCUGGGGAUGCAGAGUGGACCAGAGCCAGAAGGCCCGAGAUGUAUGGAAGGUUGAUACGUCAGCACCAGAUCUUUAACAUAUUGUGGUGCUAAUACUGAUUUAUAAACUAACAUUAUUUUAAAAUGUAUCCUCUGAGCUUCAGGGAACCAGUUUAAGGAUUGUAGAAUUGGGGAAAUGUGCUUUUUCUUCCUGAUGGUUGCUUGUUUUCACUUAGGUGUCUUCUAUUAUGCCUGCAAACAACUUCCCUUAUUUAUUAGUCCAUCCAGAGAGGAAUAUGCUAAUAUGUUAUUUAGCAGUCUUUUAUGAUGCGUGUUAGCUUAAUGGUUUAUAUAUUUUUAUUAUUAAUGCUUUUGUAAUAGAUUAAGAAAAUAAGUUAAUUUUAAGCUGUUGUGAAUGAACUAUAAUAAUUGAUCUUUUAAGCUUAAUGACUUUUUGUUUAUCUUCUGGUGUCACUGAAUAUUUGUACACAUUUUUUCCCGAUGUUGAUUUUCUUCUGCUCACUGUUGAAGAUGUAUUUGUGUCGCACCUGUUUCAUUUCAUCUGAAUCAAUAUUCAGCAACAUUCUUCCUGCAAAACCUCCUCCACCUGUGAAACUGAGAACGUGAUCACAGUCAGUGUGCAUCCGAGACAAGUGGGCGAAUCAUUAAUAUUCAAAUCACUGUAAGUGGAAGCAAAGUUCUGAAGCAAAUCCUUAAAGUCAGGCUGGUAGCAACUUUUUGUCACCCUGCAAUAUUUUAUUUUUAAUCCGAUAAAGCCGUCAUACUGGGAUAUGAUAUUUUUGUUUUUUUUCCCUCAUCGUUAGCAUGGAUUUUAUGUGUUAAUACCAACAGAAUGUUGCAAAUAAUAGUAACAAGGAAACAAAUUGAUAUUUAGUUUACAAAUAGGCAUCCAAAAAGCAUGCUUUAUUCUUAUAUCCCUAAAUAAAAUCCAUUCUAAUUA